GUGUAUUUUAUAAUUAUGCUUUAAAAGUUUUGAAACUUCAUAUUACUAUUUCGAUUUUCUUUUUCCAGAGUUAUCAAGGAUCUUAAAAUUUGUGGCGAAUUCAAUCUAAUUCUGGGAUGUGUCACCGGAGUCCGGAUUUGACACUAGGUGUUGUUGUAGCGGUACAGGGAGUGCGUGGAGUUAAAGAAAAAGUUGUUCGUUUUGGGGACCAUUCGGGGCUAGGAGGGAGAAGGUGUUACAAGUAUACCUUGAUGAGGAUUAUUAUGAACCAAGAACCCCUUGGGGUCGCCCCCGAUGUCAUCUGUCCCGCGGGACUUCCUAGGUGGAGCGAGGUGCCGGCCCCACCGUUUUUAACCGAUUAUAGUGCCCUGGGAGAUAUUCCUGCUCAUUCUACGGCCCCGUUUCAAUACGACCCAGAAAUCAAUCACAAAAUCAUCUUAUGGUCUGGUGAUAUAUCUUCCUUACAAGUAGACGCAAUAGUAAACUCGACUAAUGAAUCUAUGACUGACAGCAACCCAAUUAGCGAUAGAAUAUUUGAAAGAGCGGGACCUGGAUUAAAAGAAGAAAUAAGUUUGGAUAUUAGAGAGUGUGGUACCGGAGAAGUUAGAGUAACUCAAGGUUACGAAUUACCGGCCCGUUACAUAGUACACACCGUGGGGCCGAAAUACAACAUCAAGUGCCAGACUGCCGCCGAAAAUACUUUACAUUCCUGUUAUAGGAACGUGCUGCAAAAAUCCCGCGAACUUGGGAUACACUCCAUAGCGUUGUGUUCUGUCAAUUCUGUAAAAAGAAAUUAUCCACCUGAUGAGGGUAGUCACAUAGCUUUACGAACCGUAAGAAGAUUUUUGGAGAAAUUCGGCAGCUCUUUAGACAUUGUAAUAUUCGUAGUGGACGCAACAGAUAUCGGUAUAUACGAGGUACUUCUUCCUUUGUACUUCCCCCGAUCAAAACUGGAGGAGGAAGCGAGUCGUUGGCAGCUCCCGUCGGACGUUGGAGGUCCCGAUGGUGAACCAAUGUUACCCGAUCGACAAAUUCGGAUCAUUGAUAAUCCGCAACACACGUUACAUCCCGAUGAAGAAUCGAUUGAUUUAACGGGACAAUUAGAGACUUUAGUGACAGUCGAACAUGCGUUUAGCCAAAUGCAGGGUGAUUUGGAUCAACAAAGACUUCUUGGAGAACGUCCGUACAACGAUCCAUUAGCUGAUUUAAUGGUUAAAGAGAUUCAACACCAAGAACGAUACGAACGUUUAUUAAGAAGAGCCAAGGCGGAAGAUUUAACAGAAGUUUCCGGUAUUGGUUGUCUUUACCAAAGUGGUGUUGAUAGAUUAGGAAGACCGGUGGUUGUUUUUAUUGGAAAAUGGUUUCCUUUUAAUAAAAUUAACUUAGAUAAGGCUUUAUUAUAUUUGAUAGCUUUACUUGACCCAAUAGUAAAAGGUGAUUACGUGAUCGCCUAUUUUCAUACCUUAACAACAAGUAGUAAUUACCCAUCGUUUUCGUGGUUGCGCGAAGUCUACAACAUACUCCCGUACAAGUACAAGAAAAAUUUAAAGGCCUUCUACAUCAUUCACCCGACGUUUUGGACUAAAAUGAUGUCGUGGUGGUUCACUACGUUUAUGGCACCAGCGAUUAAACAAAAAGUUCACAGUCUUCAAGGCGUCGAAUAUUUAUAUUCGGUUAUGUCACCCGACCAAUUGGAAAUACCGGCGUACAUCACCGAAUAUGAUAUGUCUAUAAAUGGUUUAAGAUAUUUCCAACCAGGUGCACCAACGUAAGUAAUCCUUUUUUAAGAAGAAAAUGAUUCGUGUUUAAAAAACUAUCGCAAAUAAGUAAAACAAAAAAAUUAAGGAAAUUUUGUGAAUAAAAGUGAUACCUUCUUGCAAUAUAUUUCGUAGCGUGAUCGUUCGAAUCGUUAAAAGACUUGAACUAAUGCGCUGUGCCAACCUCCUUUGUGUAACGAAAAAAAAGAUAUAAAAAAAUACUUACAUAAAUCUUGUGCAAAAGGAGAACUAAAAAAAAAAAAUAAUAAAAAUUUGUUAGAGUUGUAGUUUGACCAUCACAUUCCUAUUAAAAAAAAAUAAUAUCUCGAUUUUUAAAAUUGAUUUUGUUGAGAUCAUCUAGACGUAGUAGUUGUUGGUAGUGUUGUAGAUGUUUUUUAGGCGAUAAUCUAAUCGAGAGGAUACGCUUUGUUUUUGGGGCGGGAGAGAGAGGGUCUUUAUUGUUGUUGUUGUAAAAAUAAAUAAAAUAGAAUUUGCUUUCGGUAUAAACUAAGAAAUAAAAAAUAAAAUGAAAAAAUUAUGAAAGGGGUAAGCGUACAAAAAAUAAAAAUAUACAAAGACGAUAAUGUUGAUUAUUGUAUCCCAUUGCGUUUUUUUUAAAUUCUAUUAUUCCAACUUUAUUGUCUUAUAAACGUUUUUUAAAGUAUGAUUGUAUGUUUGCACUUCCGUGUAGUUUAUUAUUAGAUUAUAUUUAAACUAAUUUUUGUUAUUAAUAAAUAUAUAGAUUUUUGUAUAAGAUUCCAAGAAUUAUUAAAAGCAAUAUUUAUUGUACUAAUGUAAAAAUAAGAACAAAAUUAUGUAUACAUAUAAAUACGUUAAUUAAAGCCAUGCCGAAAUGGAAAAAAAAUAAACAAUGUAAUAUAUAAAACUAUACCUACAAUUCUUAUGCAGAGUGAGUUGUUGACAUGUCUUAAUUUUAUAACAAUCGUGAAAAGUUGAAAAAUAAAAAAAUGUUGUUCACCCUAA